UUUCUUGGUGCCGGAAGUUCGCUCCAGCCCUUCCCCAGCUCUCGGAGGACCGCUUCGGGGCCUGGGCGUAAUUCCCCCUGGUUUGCAAGAAAAGGAAGAUGGCCUUGGUUCCUUAUGACGACACCCACCUCUGGGGGAUGCAGAAGCUGCACAAGCCAUCUUCUGUGUAUUCUUUCGCCAACCACACAAUCCAGAUCAAGCAGAACUGGAAGCAGCUUGGAGUGGCCGCUGUGGUCUGGGAUGCGGCUGUAGUCCUCUGUACGUACUUGGAGAUGGGAGACAUUGACCUACGAGGGCACUCAGCGAUUGAACUGGGAGCAGGAACUGGCUUGCUAGGAAUGGUAGCAGCGUUACUUGGUGCUCAUGUUACAAUCACAGACAGAAAGGUUGCCUUGGCUUUUCUCGAGUCAAAUGUUCAGGCGAAUUUACCCGUGGACAUCCAACCAAGAGCUGUGGUGAAAGAACUGACUUGGGGGCAAAACCUGACAGGCUUCUCAGCAGGAGAAUACGACUUUGUCUUGGGCGCAGACAUUGUUUACUUGGAAGAAACGUUUCUUGAUCUUCUCCAGACACUGGACCAUCUGUGCUCUGACCACACUGUGAUCCUGUUAUCAUGCCGCCUGCGGUAUGAGCGAGACCAAAACUUCCUGGCAAUGCUGAAAAGGAGUUUUUCUGUACACGAGGUGUAUUAUGACUCGGAUAAGGAUAUACAUAUAUUCAAAGCACAGAGGGAUAACCGGAAAGGAGAUUUGUGAUGUGUUUGGCUGCAAGCUCUCUUGCACACCCAGCGUGUACGUGGACCAAAGCACGCAAUCGAUGCCUUCCAUUCAGCUGCUGCUGCAGACUCUCUUAUUUGCAGUGGGAGGCGGUGGGAGGGUUGCAAUUCUGACUUGAGUAACUGACUGAAAUUACAAAAGGUCCAAUGAAUCAUUCCUCUGUAAACAGUCUCACUGGAGGCCGAGACCAGGCCAUACAGGAGCCCUUCAGUUUGUUCCCUCCAGCGUAUUUCUUCAGCGAUGGAUGCAGUCACUGCGCAAAAGCAGCGCUCGUUUUAUGAGAUUUCCCAUGUGACAGCCCUGUUCAGUGCAUGAGAGAUACGAACUGUGAACAGGAGGACCGUUUCCCAUGUGAUACCACAUCAACGGGGAGGACAUGCGUCCGAAUGACUGGGGAUCACUUUCCAAUGCGGUCUGUUUCACAACAGAUAUGGUCCCUUCCCUCACCACUCACUUCUGCAAGCUGCUGGCUUGGAUGUUCUGCUUGGCAAAGACCAACUGGAGACACCAAAAGAUUGUUUAGCAAUUUGAGGGGCUCCUCACACAAUUUUGGAAAAGGCACCAAGACCUGGAACGUAGUGGAAUCGAAGACAGGAUUUUGGUUUUGUUUGCUUUUUUCCUGGAAGGGAAUAAUUAGUGCUCUCAAGCAGUCACACUGAGAUCAAGCAUGCAGUGAUAAUAUUCAGCACUAGAAUAGCCACGUUAAGGUACAAAUAUUCCGUAUCUCCCCACCCCACAAUCUGGUUAUGUAUUUGACUACCUUCGAAAGGGAAGGCGUGAGAAAAGCUAGGCUGGUUAUAGUUGCGUGGGUGCAACCAGGGUCUGCUUCCUUGGCAGGACAGCCAGUGUGGUGUAGUGGUUAAAAGUACUGGAUUGGGAUCUAGGACUCCCACAUCCAGAUCUCCAUUCUGCCAUGGGAGCUUGUUGGAUGACUGUCGGCCAGUCUCGCGCUGAGGAUAAAACACAGCAAGGGAGAUCAAUGUUGUUAGGUCUCCAUGGUGUGUGUGCGUGUGUGUGAACAUCUAAAUAAAUAUUCAGAUCCAAAAUAUAUCCCAGGGGAAAGGUAGCAAAGAUGCCAAAGUGGGUCGGGACCUGCUGCGCAAGUCUGAGUGAUGGGGAGCUGAACGCAGCACACUCUCGCAGGGCUUUGUGUGAGCACCUCCAAGCAAGGCACGGGACAAAGAGGCUGGGACUGAACAUGGCAAGAUGCUGUGCUCACUGUAUAAAUAGAGGAGGGAAAAAACAACAAGGUGUAAUUUAGAGAUGGAGGGUCUAACCUGUAAGUAUAGCGGCCAGAUAUUUGAAUGAAAAUGAAAGAUUCCAUUUCCCCCCAUGCUUAUUGAAGAUGAGCUAAUAGGCUGAGGGUGAAAAAGGGAGAUUCCUGGAAACAUUUCCAAAUUAGAAAUGGGAGGGGAAAUCUCUGGGCUGGGAGGAGGUAUAUCAGUGGUGACCUCACUGAGUUGAGAUUCAUGGUAGGAAGUUCCAGUCUAAACCAGCUCAUCCUUUACUAGUGGGAGAUGCGGUUGUGGGCUUGCUUCUUUCUAAGGCUAGAGUGCCACGGUGGCAGAUCCUCUUGUACUGAAAUAUUCUUGAUUAAUGACUGAGGUCUGGGUUGGAAAUUAUUAUUUUUUAAUUAAGCUAUAUAAGAAUUCAUUAUUUUCAAACCUCAAUAGGUAUGUGGGUACAUGCUGACAUAUACAAGAUGGGAACCCUUGGAACUGUUUGCCUUUGUUUAAAAAUUGAGUGACUGACUUCUUUAUCCAAUUCAAUGUCUGUUCAGCAUCUUUUAAAAGAUUACUUUGGAGCCCAUCUUUUGUUUAACUUGAACUUCUGUAUUGGGGAUGGGGCUUGGCUUUGCGAUUGCCAAUUGGAGCUCUGCACAGUCCGUUUUGGUUCUAGGUGGCAGGGUGAAAGAGCGUUGGCACCUGACUGGUGGGCCCUUAUGACUCUUUAACUGAAACCCGUGGUGUGGUCUGCCCCAGGUGUAACACUGAAGCUUUGCAUGUCUGUACAUAGCCUCGCGCACCUCUGGGUUUCCAUGGCUGAACAUUGUAUUCAGGUCACAUUGCAAAGUAUGUAACAACAGAGAGUCACAUUCAGUUCGUAGGUUAGUUUAUAAGAUAAUCCUAUAAUUUCCUUUAACAGUUAUCACUCAUAAUGGAGGCAAUGACAGUGGAAUGAGCCGUUUGUUUCCACGUUCUGCCUUAGGCAAAGGGAAGGCCACACUUCCCACCAGAACUGUUUAUUUAAAACAUUUAUAUGCCUCUUUUCCACUUCAAUAGGGACCCCAAUACGGCAAACAACAGAUACUGCAAGAUUUAAAACAUUAACAGUGCAAUCCUAAUGAGAGUUACUUCAGACUAAGCCCACUGACUUCAGUGGGCUUAGACUGGAAUAACUCUUCUUAGGAUUGCACCGUAAGUCCCUUAAAGAAGAAAUAGGCACAAGUGUUAGCUCUCCUUUGUUUGAGAGAAGGCAAAGGAGUGACCUGCCUCCCUUUGGUGCUUUCCUGCCCAAACCAUCACAUGCCCAGGAGGAGGGGCACUAUUCCCUCAGUUCUCUCCAGGUUGCUGCUGGAGACCCCCCAGAAACUAAAGUCCCAGAGAGUUCACAGCUGGGCAGGAGAGAAAGAUGUGUGCCUGCACAGAAGACCACUUGAUGGACAACAGUUACAGGUUAAGUGCAACCUUGUUUUCAUUUUUGUGGCUUCUGUGCAGUCCCACAUUGGGAGAGUAGUAAGCUCACUUACAGGAGGAGUUGGGUGUGAAGCUUUCAAAGCAAGAGACUAUGGAGGGCCACCUUCCCAACAGAUGCUUAGUGUCUCAUUGACAUUCACUCAGAGGUACUUCUAAAUAUGCUGGGAGCUCUCUACAAGCGUCUCUGCCAAAGUACAAACAGGAAUGCUGCAAGAAAAAAGCGCUCUGGUGGGGUGAGCCGUGCUAGGUAAAGGGCACUGAACAGUCAUGCAUUCAGUCAUGCAUGUGAUAGCCUCUACAAACCCACAAGGAAAGGGUUGUGUGAGGAUACUGAAUGACUAAUACAACUAAUAGUGUUGUGAGACACAAGGGCUGAAAGCCAACCCUUAGUUGGGAAUCCUGACAUUGUGAAACUGUAUGAAUGGGGCAGGGGGGCGGUCAUAGGUUAGAAAUCCAGUUUCCUUAUUCCACAGGUAAAAGUGUUGCUAAAAAUGAAGCACUAGGGAAGUGUAAAAAGGGGUUACACUCCAACUUUAAAUGUUUUUGGAGAUCCAAUAAGGAAGAGGAAAGUUUAGAGUAUUUGAAUCCCAAACCUAAUCAAUAGUACAAGAAGGGUCCAAGUCCCGCCAUAGCCUCAGUAGAGACUCUUACCCACUUAGAGGUACAAGAUAUGGUAGUCAAGGAGCAGCAAUUGCCACUCAGAAAAAAGCAGAGACUGCGGCUAUAGUUCAGGAAAAGGAGCUGACCAAAACUGCCAGAGCCAUCAGCAGGAGUGAAAAUAUAGCAGGUACGCAUCAGAAUAAUGAAAACAGUAAAGCUGGCAUGAUGGGGCCAAAGAAAGGAUAGACGGUAUGCUAGCAGAACAAUUUGUGCAGCAAUAAACAGCCAGGAGAUAAAACAGACUUCCUUGCUGUGGAUUAGCAAGGGCAUUCCUCAAUGACGGGGGUUCCUGGUAGCAAAGAAGUAAACACAAAAGGGCAGGCUAUAGAACAUCACAGUUUGUGGAAAGGCCAAAUUGCCCAUGCCUCCGAUCAGUAACUAGGUGCCAGUUUGUUGAGAAAACAUUGCAAUGCAUUGCUAUGACAUGGAGCAUUUGCAGUAAAACAGGACAAAGAAAGGUAAGGUAUGUCUAGUACUCUAGGUGAAAGUACAAUAUGGGUAGCCAUUUGUAGCAACUGUUUGUUUGUAGCAGUAAAAACGAGCAAGUGUCCAGUAGUACCUGGACUAACAAAAUUUGUGGCAAGGUAUGAGCUUUUGUGUACCACGAAGUUCAUACCCUACCACAAAUUUUGUUAGUCUUAUAGGUGUUACUGGACUUUUGCUCUUUUCUAGGUGAAAGUGGUGGUAGUAUGACAAAGUCAUUUUGCAGAAGAGCAGGAGCCACCUGGAGGCACACACCCUCAUAGUAGGCUCCCCACACCGAGGGGCACCCCCUGAUAUGGCACUAAAUCUCAGCAUUAUCAGAGUGACCUGGGAAAAAUAGAAGACUGAAAGCAUGAGAAUGGUGCACACAUGCUCUGUCUAGGAAAGAAGAAAACAAAUUUGGAUAUCCCAUAAAGUUUGAAACUAACUGAAGACCACAUUCUGCCAUGGUGACCCAUACAGCUAUAUAAGAAUACAGAACUACAAUUGUGAAAGUGAAAACUCAGAACAAUCUUAGUAAAAUGUGGAUUGACUAAGACUGAAAAGGCAAAGGAAACAUUUUCAAUUAAUAGGACAAAAUAGAAGGGUUGCCCUAUAACCAGCCAUCAACAGACCAGAGGGGGGGAAAUGUAUUUUAGCCAUAGUGGGAUACCCUAGUUGUUGUGCAUUUUAUAAACAUCCAAGGUGUUGGAAUUCUGCCACUAGCAGUCUGUUCCCCCAACAGCAGAGAGAGACUGCUGGAAGGGCAGAGAUAUGUAUGAAUAAGAUAGCCACACCCAAAAAAUUAGCAGCUAUUUACUCUCCCAGUUCAUCUUUAUGUUGGAAAGGAUGUGGGGAUACAGGAUCCAUAUAUACAUUGCUGGUGGAAAUGUCAUUACAUAGAAGAAUUCUGGAAUACAAUCUUGCACCAAAUCUUUUUGUUAACUGGCUACAAAAUACCAAAGAAACCUGAGCUGAUAUUUCUGAAUCAAUGGGAUGAUAUAGAGAUCCCACCAAUUCGACGAGACCUCAUCAAUGUCUUCUUAAUGGCAGCAAAAAAUUUAAUUGCUUUAAAAUGGAAAUCACAUACUGU